AUGAGUCCGGUGAACAGCUUGUGGUUCAAGUGGAAAUCCUUGAAGCUUCCGUGGAGGACAUCAUGGCCAGUUGGCCAGGAUUUGCACGGUAACACCUUUUGGGAAUUCAAAGAUGCCCUGAACGCCAACCGAUUUCGGCGCAUCGUCAAGUACAAUAACAAGGCCCACCUAGGGGAUGUGAAGAUCUCUCCGCAAUGGCACCAGUGGCUACGAUACGUCCGCCCUCAACCUCCGAGUCUCGAGGAACAGCAGAGAGAUUUGAUCCGACAAGCGCAGAUCAAGAAGCUCGCCCAGAUUGCAGACCAGAAAUGGGCUGCUAAACCAUCGUAUCUCGACAAACCGCAGACCUCAUCAUCGCCGGCCCCUGCUUUGAACACUGGCGACACCACCUCGCACACUACAAACACAUCGAGUUCAGGCGCUGUACCGAAUGACAAUGGAAGCAAGGCAAAGACACAAGAGAAAUCAGCCAAGGAAAAAGAGAAGAGCCCAUGGGGCAAGGUUCCUACAGGCCCGGGAGAAACAUGGCAGCCAGAGUCAUGGACACCAGACGCAACAAAACGAUAG